GCCAUCCACGCAGCAGCAAGUCGUUCGCUCCGGAACUCGGCGAAGGAAGACAACACCGGGCAGCGGUUCUCUGCUUUUGGGACUGACUCCCUGGACGGCGACUUUCCUGCUUCUGUAGCACAGUGUCUAAGUAAUAACCAGAACCACAAGGCUUGAGCAAACACAAGAUGGUGAUUACCAGCGUGGCAUCCUUCAGAAGGACAUCACUGGCCAUGGACACGAAGAGCAGAUGUUUGCAGUGAAGAGGAGCAGAUUGGAGAGGAGGUAGUAACAGGUGCUGCGUGCCAAGGUGGAUUUGGAGGUGUGGAGGAGAGCUGAAGAUCAUGGGUAAAUCAAACAGCAAACUCAAGCCAGAGGUGGUGGAGGAGUUGACAAGGAAAACCUACUUUACGGAGAAAGAGGUGCAGCAGUGGUACAAAGGCUUCAUUAAAGAUUGUCCAAGUGGGCAGCUUGAUGCCGUCGGCUUCCAGAAGAUAUAUAAGCAGUUCUUUCCUUUUGGAGAUCCCACAAAGUUUGCCUCCUUUGUCUUCAAUGUUUUUGAUGAAAAUAAGGACGGACGCAUCGAGUUCUCUGAGUUCAUCCAGGCCUUGUCAGUGACUUCUCGGGGGACUCUGGAUGAGAAGCUGAGAUGGGCUUUUAAAUUAUAUGACCUUGAUAACGACGGCUACAUUACCCGUGAUGAGAUGUUGAACAUCGUAGAUGCCAUAUACCAGAUGGUGGGGAACACCGUGGAGCUGCCAGAGGAAGAAAACACGCCAGAAAAGCGAGUGGACCGUAUUUUUGCGAUGAUGGACAAGAAUGCAGAUGGGAAGCUGACUCUGCAGGAGUUUCAGGAGGGCUCAAAGGCAGACCCCUCUAUUGUUCAGGCUUUGUCACUCUACGAUGGACUUGUGUAGGAAUGUAAGAUGGAUCCAACUCAGCAUCCUCGCCAAUCCAGCACCAUCACACCUGUAACAGGAGGAAGCCACAUUUAACUCGCUUACCCAGACGUGGACUGCAAACUUUUGUCGCACGGCCUCACGGCAUCUGUGUCAAGUAGCUGUUCGUCUACAUUUCCACCAAGGAUCGUGAAGAAAUAUAUCCUCUGACGUGAGGGAGAAUUCAAACAUGUCAGCAAAACCCUCAAUCAUUUAUCUGUGCUUCUACAGCUAUGUGGCACUGCGUACACCCUUGAGUGUUGUGGACUGUGUACGAGCAUUUCCGCAAGCGCAGUGUUGUGGUUUCCCAACCGACAGGAAGUGAAUUCCCUCGGAGAUGUUAGUGUGCGUCUUGUUCACAUACUGUAAACCAGGGAGAACUGCUCAGAGGAACUGUGCUGCUGCUUCAUCACCACAAGGAGAGACUCUAAACCUGGGAAAAUCUGGAAAGAUGUAUUACAAGGUGAUAACGUGAACACAAGCAUUAAUUACAGUUUCAAAGCAGUAUAGUGUAUAUUGUAUAAUGUAAAUAUAAUGGUAAUUUAUUUUCUGCUUUGCUGCAUUUAUGGGAAUUUCCUCAUAAAUAUGGAAUGAAGUUUUAUUUUUUAUCAAAGGUGUUGAAAUGUAUUGCACUGUAUUUUUCAUUAUUAUUGUGGGAUUGUUUUUUUUCUCACAUUCUGAAGUUUCCUUUUCCUGAGAGAACAGGGUUUCUAUUUGAAGAAGAGUGUUGAAGAAGUGGGGGGGCUUUUCUAUGGAUUAUUUUACUAUGUUUGCGGUCUGUGCAUCCUAUUGUGUUUUCACUUCCCCGUUAGCAGGAGCGUCUGGUGUCUGCAGUGUUGCACAGCCACAUCCUGAACGACAUGACCAAGCAACACGCCGAAUUCUCCCAGCUUACAUCUGAAUUGAGGCUCAUUAUUUCUUUUGAGAGCAUCGCACCCCACCCUCAGCACACACAAAGCACUGGUCAUUGAGAGACACAAACAGACAUCAAUUCUGGUUGUAAAGCUUUUGCGAGCUCUGUGGUUGCAAUUGUCCACUUCGUAUUUGUCCUGUGUGAGGCCAGAGCAUGUGAUGAUGCCUUUUUUCAUUCUUGGAUUAUUUUAGUUAGAGCAUUAAGAUGUUUUAUCAGCUUCACUGAUUUUAUGCCUUAUGCAAAUGAUAAUUUACGAACCGAUAAAUGUCAUUUACCUGUUGAUUAACAGUAUAAGAGCACAGAAUAAAAUGCAUUUAAG